AUGGCCUCGCAACCUUCUCACAUCAAUUUCCCCGGAAAGACCUCCGCAACGCCCGGCGAAGAAUUCGAAGUCCGCCAAACAUCCACGUCUGAGGACUGGCGCCCUGAUCCAUCAAAGUCAUUGCCUCUUUCACCAGCUCGACAAGCGUUGGUCGAUGAUAUUAUUGCGUUGUACUCCAUGGAGCCGACCGUCGACCGAGUGAAGCGCUACACUGCUGACUGUGUUUACGAUGACCAAUUUGUCUACGCCAAUGAUCGCUACAAGAUGGCGGGACAGUGGUUCGCCUUGCCCAAGCUUUUUAAUGCCAGCAAGAACGAGGGAUACGAGAUCGUCAAGAACGACCGCGACUUGAUCCAGUUCAAAAAUGAACAAAGCUGGACAUUCAAGUUGAUCCCAAAGACUGCGACCAUCAACGCGCUCGUCAGCCUGAGCUUGGACCCUGGAACAGUCGACAGCGACUUCAUCCAGGUCAAGUACCACAAGGAUCAGGCAAAUGACAAAGACUACAGUCACGAGGGCGUGGGCUUCUCGUUCAAGAAGUGGCAAGCGGACAACGUUGCAAAGUACAUGGACAGCAAGGAGGUCGAAGUAUUUAUUGCCGACAAGGACGCAAGCAAGAAUAAGGUCAAGAAAUAUGGAACUGGCAAAGCUGAAGGUGAUGCUCCGACGAAGGAUCUCUAA